GUCUCUCCAGAGGCCUGUGUAACCGAAGGUCUUUCUGGUUUUUUUCAGUGCUCGAGAGAGGGUGUGUUGCACGCAAACCAGACACUGCUGCUCAGGUGCAACGGAUCAUUACGGUUGGGAAGGAUUCCUUUGAGUCCCAGACUCAAGAGAUGGCUGACUCGGCCGGCCUUGUGCGUGUGUGUUUGAGCAGGAAAACGCUGCCGGGCCGGAGAAGAACGAGACAACUUCCUGCAAGUAAAUGCGGCACUGGACUGCAGUCGCAAUGUCAACCCGUGCAUCACUGGUGCCUGUCAGAUCUUCUCUCAGACGAUGCCACCAUUAAGACCUCGAGCGAAAUCCCUUAAUGGGCUCGCUUUUGAGCUUUGAAAGCGUAUAGACCUGCCUUGGAGAUGAAUGACUCAGCCACAGAUGCAGCCCCUCUGCCGCUGCCGCCACCACCACCAGGGGACGCGUCGGAGGAGAGGCCGACGGGAACACCACCUCCAGGCAGCAGCGAAGGGACACCUGCCAUGACGCCCCUCGGGGUCAUCACGGAAGGCGUCGGCGAGCUGGCGGUCAUCGACCCGGAGGUGGCGAAGAAAGCCUGCGAGGAGGUGCUAGAGAAGGUGAAGCUGAUGCACUGCAUCUCAUCAGAUGGCACCAUUCACCUGCGCGAGGGCGGGGGUGGGGGCGGGGCAGGAGGCCCCCCCUGGCGGCGGGGCCAGGCCGUCCCGAACGGACAGUGUUGCGAGAUCAAGUGCUUGGAUGACCCUCCGGAGAAAAUCCAGGAGGAGGACGAGCAGGCAGCCCACUCGGUGAAGAACGCCCGCCGGCGGCAGAAGAACAACUCGGCCAAGCAGUCGUGGCUCCUGCGACUGUUUGAGUCGAAGCUCUUCGACAUCUCCAUGGCCAUCUCAUACCUGUACAACUCGAAGGAGCCCGGGGUGCAGGCCUACAUCGGCAACCGGCUCUUCUACUUCCGCAACGAGGAGGUGGACUUCUACCUCCCGCAGCUGCUCAACAUGUACAUCCACAUGGACGAGGACGUGGGCGACGCCAUCAAGCCGUACAUCGUCCACCGCUGCCGGCAGAGCAUCAACUUCUCCCUCCAGUGCGCCCUGCUGCUGGGCGCCUUCUCCUCGGACAUGCACAUCUCCACCCAGCGCCACUCCCGCGGGACCAAGCUCCGGAAGCUCAUCCUCUCUGAUGAGCUGAAGCCGGCUCAGCGGAAGAGGGAGCUGCCCGCCUUCAGCCCGGCCCCUCCUGACAUGGGGCUCUCCCCGUCCAAAAGGACUCACCAGCGGUCCAAGUCGGACGCCACCGUCAGCAUCAGCCUCAGCAGCAACCUCAAGCGGACGGCCAGCAACCCCAAAGUUGAGAACGAUGAGGAGGAGUGGUCAUCGAGUUCGGACAGUCUUGAUAGAUCCUUUUGCUCCCCUGUCCGCCUUGCCCCAGAGCGAGAGUUCAUCAAGUCGCUGAUGGCCAUCGGGAAGAGGCUGGCCACCCUUCCCACCAAAGAGCAGAAGACGCAGCGCCUCAUCUCGGAGCUGUCGCUGCUCAACCACAAGCUGCCGGCCCGAGUCUGGCUCCCCACCGCUGGGUUUGACCACCAUGUGGUGCGGGUCCCGCACACCCAGGCUGUCGUGCUGAACUCCAAGGACAAGGCUCCCUACCUAAUCUACGUGGAAGUACUUGAAUGUGAAAACUUUGACACCACUAAUGUUCCAGCCCGGAUCCCGGAGAACCGGAUCCGUAGCACCCGCUCCGUGGAGAACCUGCCUGAGUGCGGGAUCACGCACGAGCAGCGGGCCAGCAGCUUCACCACCGUCCCCAACUAUGACAACGACGACGAAGCCUGGUCGGUGGAUGACAUCGGGGAACUGCAAGUCGAGCUUCCCGAGAUGCACACCAACAGCUGCGACAACAUCUCCCAGUUCUCGGUGGACAGCAUCACCAGCCAAGAGAGCAAAGAGCCUGUCUUUAUCGCUGCUGGAGAUAUCAGGCGACGCCUCUCUGAGCAACUGGCCCACACUCCCACGUCAUUCAAGAGGGACCCUGAGGAUCCGUCUGCCGUUGCCCUGAAGGAACCAUGGCAGGAAAAAGUCAGGCGGAUUCGUGAGGGCUCUCCCUACGGCCACCUCCCCAACUGGCGGCUUCUUUCUGUGAUUGUGAAAUGCGGCGACGAUCUCCGUCAGGAACUGCUGGCUUUUCAGGUCCUCAAGCAGCUGCAGUCCAUCUGGGAGCAGGAGCGGGUCCCCCUGUGGAUCAAGCCGUACAAAAUCCUGGUCAUCUCGGCCGACAGCGGCAUGAUAGAGCCGGUGGUCAACGCUGUCUCCAUCCACCAAGUGAAGAAGCAGUCCCAGCUCUCGCUCCUCGACUACUUCCUCCAGGAGCAUGGCAACUACACCACGGAGGCAUUCCUGACGGCCCAGCGCAACUUUGUGCAGAGCUGCGCCGGCUACUGCCUGGUCUGCUACCUCCUCCAGGUCAAAGACCGACACAAUGGCAAUAUCCUGCUGGACGCGGAGGGGCACAUCAUCCACAUAGAUUUCGGGUUCAUCCUCUCCAGCUCCCCCCGGAACCUCGGCUUUGAGACGUCAGCCUUCAAGUUGACCACGGAGUUUGUUGACGUUAUGGGUGGCCUGGAUGGGGACAUGUUCAAUUACUACAAGAUGCUGAUGCUCCAGGGCCUCAUUGCUGCUCGGAAGCACAUGGAUAAGGUCGUGCAGAUAGUGGAGAUCAUGCAACAAGGCUCUCAGCUGCCCUGCUUCCAUGGCUCCAGCACCAUCCGGAACCUGAAGGAGCGCUUCCACAUGAACAUGACGGAGGAGCAGCUCCAGAUGCUGAUCGAGCAGAUGGUGGACGGCAGCAUGCGCUCCAUCACCACCAAACUCUACGACGGCUUCCAGUACCUCACCAAUGGCAUCAUGUGACUGCCCGCUGGGGCGGCUUCCUCCCGGUCUCCCCGAGCCCAGCCGAGGACGUGAAACCUGCCCGGGUGGGAGAUGGAAGAACCCAGCAGGGCUGACUCCCCUCUUGUCGUCCUCCUCUUCCUCCUCCUCCUCUUCCUCCUGCCCCGUCGGACGAGGAGCGCCGGCUGGGAGCCAGGCACGGCUUUUAACCAGAUUCUUUUAGAUACUACGGUGGCGGAGGCAGCAGUCGGUUGCUGUGGGGUGGGGAGGGAAAGAGGAACUCUUCAACGAGCAGAAGCAUUCGUCACGUGAAGUGUGAAGGAUCGAUCAUGUGGAAAACUCUGGAGAUUUCCUUUUCUCAGCCACGAGCAAGGAUGGACCCUUCGAUCUGUGGACGGGACAAGGAGAAGAAGAAAAAAGGAGAAAAAGAAUCUACAUUGUGCUCCCGCCCCUCUCUCAUUCUCUCCUUCCUCCUCCAGAUCUUUUAUUUCAGUAUUAUACCUCUUCACAUUCUCUGAACACUUUCUCCCCACAACCUCACACAUGUUUUAAGGGUCCAGGUGAGACAGGGUGGGGGGCAGGAGGGAGUUGGGGGGAAGAGAGAGGUUUUUCUUUCUGCGGCAGAGCCAAGAAACAGUGCGUUUCUGAGCCUCCACUUUGAAUCUCCCUUUUCAAAGGCAAUCCAGGUGUGUCGUCCCCCGUCCUUUCCUGUUCUCUCCCUUCCUCUGCCCCCAUGCAUGUUUUUUUAUGUGUGUGUGUGUGUGUGCGUUUCUGUCAAAAUAAUUAAAUUCCACCCCCUCACCACCGUC